CAAGUAGUAACACAGGAGUGGGGGAGCAUUUUUUUGAGUAAAUAUUUUCAAACUUUCUCGAUCUCAAAAACAUUUAUAGUAACCCAGAAAAAAUAAAUAAAGAUACAACUGCAAUCCACAGUCCUAGUAAAACCCUAUUCUCCUCUUCUACUUUCCUCCCUAUAUAUUAACCCAAAUUACACCCCCACACUCUUUGAUCCGAUCCUUCAACUUCCCUGUCUUAUUCUCCCCAACUUCUCUCAAUUCAUAUGCAUUACCUUGGCAGCUAGCUAGCCAGCUAGCCCUGUCUUCAUCACAAAGCAGUUUCAUAAAUUUGCAGAAUAGAUAUCAGUAUUUAUUAGUUUUCUAAAUCUUUCAGAAAAGGUGGAUCGGAGGCAUGGAAAACGGCCGCUUCCAUCCGAAACAUCGGAGGAGAAAGACAAAGGACGUGAUGACUUCACAGCUGCAGCUGAAAAUUAUGCUGCAACUUCUUGGCCUGAAGCAGCGGAUAUGACAGCCAUGGUUACAGCUCUUACUCAUGUGAUGGGAACCGGCGGGAGCGAUGAGCAGCUUAGUUUCACACCAUCGUCGGUGCCCUUAUCACAAUCUGCGGUGAAAGAAGAGCCUGACCCUCCUCAACCUGUUCAAGAUCAAGAAAAUACAAGGAGAAGACAUUACAGAGGAGUGAGGCAAAGGCCAUGGGGCAAAUGGGCAGCUGAAAUACGCGACCCCAAGAAAGCAGCCCGAGUCUGGCUUGGCACUUUUGACACAGCUGAGGAUGCAGCCCUUGCAUAUGAUAGAGCUGCUCUUAAGUUCAAAGGAACCAAGGCAAAACUAAAUUUUCCUGAACGAGUUCAAGGGAAUACGGAGGUAAGCUAUUUCACGGGUCAUGGAGAUUCAAGUACUGUCCGUCCUGACCAAAAUCCUACGCCAGCAGCUACUCCUCCAUCAUGGUCGCAGGAUUCAUAUCCCCACUUGUUUCAAUACGCACAACUACUUUCAAGUAGUAAUGAUGCUGAUAUCUCUUAUUACACUUCAAAUCUCUUCAAUCAAGAACCUCUAUCUCCACAGUUUCCGUCAAUGGCGGCGUCACCCAACAUCUCAUCACAAUACCACCAUCAAGACCAGACAAGAUUUUCAACCAAGUAUGAGAGCUCUUCUGGUUCUGAUUAUCCGGAGCAAUAUGGGAAGGACUCUGAUCCAAGUAACCGAAGCGAGUAGUUGUUUUUCGAGUUCUAUAUCAAGAGGUCAUUGAAAAUUCUACUAUGCUACCAUUUUGAUAUUAGGCAAUAGGAUAAUGCCGCAAGCACUCCCAUUUGUUACUUCCAACACAUGAUUCCAACUGGUGGCACUCCUUGCAAAAUAUUAUGAGUUAGAAAUACAGAAGAAUUGGUUAGUGGGAAGUGCAUGAUUCAUUUUCCUAUGAGCACCUUUUCAAGUAGCACCGCCACUAUAUCUAUUGUUGUUUUUAGAGCUGGAGGCCUACUGAGUUUGAAUAGAAGAAGCAACAUGGACAAAGACGUUAAAGGUCAGCUUCCAAGUAAUUUUCGGCGACUGGGAGCUCGUCUAGCCCUUGCACUUCCUUUUCUUAAUAUUCUCUCAUCUUUUCCCUUCUUUCCUCGUUCCACCUUAAAAAGGAAUGGUUGGAUCAAACAUUAAAUUGAGCAUGUUAUAGCUCUUUUGAUUGUAAGCUAGAGAUCAUGAGUUUGCUUAAUUAAUGUCUUUUUCAAGUAUUCUAAGCCACUUGUGUUCUGAUUCUUAUGAGGGAUGGUACUAAUUAAUUAUGUAGUGGAGAAUGUACUGUAGAAUAAAAGGACUGCCCUUUAUCA